UUUCUACUUCCUACUUCCUAACUCCUAAGAAGUAACCUCUUCACGUUAGUAUGUUAUUCAAAUAAAUUCUUUUGGUUUUAAUUUAUUUUUCGUUUCUUUAAACUUCCAAUUUUAUUACAAUUUCAUCAAUAUUACACGUAACACGUUCGAUCAGACACGACGCCAUGUACGCCGUAAAAACACCCAGCAAAUACAUGACAGCGAAAACUAGAAGAGGCAUCCGCCACAGUUUUGAUCGGCUGGAUUCAUUUCGCGAGAACUUUAAAAAAGUCAAUGGUACAGAAGAAGAAGAACUACCAUCUCCUGAACCAAAGCCAGUAUUUCAUUCUAAUGGCCAUCGUAAGGCUUUAAACAAGUGUCCUCCAUCACCCCAAGAUGUUUUAAGUCCCCAACAUGAAAAACUCAUACACUAUAUCAAUGACUCUUGGCACUCGGUUAUAGAAGAUGAAGAAUCAUCUAUAAGUUCACAAAAAAUUAUUUACUUCAAACCUGAAAACACUGCAGAAGUUCUAAAUGGUUUUCAAGCAUUUGAUUUAGACACAUAUUGGAUCAAACGUUUAUACAAUAAUAUCACUAAGUCAGUGCCAUAAGUUUUUGGUAUAGUGAAUUAUUUUUUAGAAAUUAUUUUACCAGACUCGCCCAUAGCUCACAAUGUAUCAAAGACACAUGAACACUUGCGCGAAUGAUUAGUCAUUAUUGUGUCAAAAACCGUAGAAAAGAAUCUAUGUCUUUAAACACUGAAUGGGACAAGAGGGAAAAUAUGGCAACUAGUAGUUAAGUAGUAUUACCUAGUAGUAGAAUUCAAUGUUAUAAAAAUACCAAUUUUUAAAUAUUAUUGUAAAAGUAUUGAUUUUAGUGAUUUGUUGUUUCCUUAUAAUGAACUUUUGUUUGUUUAUAGUUAUUAUUAUUUUUUUUAUUAUUAUUAUUAUUAUUAUUAUUAUUAUUAUUACCACAUUAUACAAAUUUAUGUUGUGAGUUAUCUGAACAAGACUGAAAUUUGUAUAAAACAAAAUUACUUUAUCA